GUUGUCUUUAACGUUGUGGCUAACUUGUUGCUAGGUGUUCGAGCUAAAGCUGCAUUUCCCCCUGGAGCUAACGGUCGCCGUCUCUGCGUCUGAAACAAAUGAAGGCGUUAAACGGCGGACUGUUGGGAUAAGUUAACAUCAUUUAAUGAAACGUUAUACACAGUUUAACUGAGUCUGUUAUCCUGCAAACAGACACGGAGCCGGACAGCUAGCUAGGCUAGGCUAGGCUAGGCUAGUUAGCUUGGUUGGCUAACAGACACCUGAGCUAAUCGAUAAUAAGCAGAAUGGAUCUUUUCGACGACCUGCCAGAACCGACACAAACCUCCGGUCCAGUGUCAGCAGAGCCCACAGCUCGACCACAGGCCACCAAAGAAGAAGAAAGAAGAAGAGAAGAAGAGGAAGCGGGGAAAAGCUUGAAACGAAAGCGAGAAGAUGCGGAGUGUCACGCUGAUCACAGAGAGGAGCGAGGAGGGGGGGAGGUCAAGAAAGUUUGUAAAGAAGGCCUCCCCGUGCUGAAAGGCUACGUGGCGGCGAGGCGCGGCGAGCGCGAGGAGAUGCAGGACGCUCACGUUCUGCUGCCGGACAUGAGCGCCUGUCUGUCGGCUCUGCCGGGACCAGUGUCUCGCGUCUCGUACUUCGCCGUGUUCGACGGUCACGGCGGCGCUCGAGCGUCCCGAUUCGCCGCGGAGCAUCUACACCACAACCUGGCCAAGAAGUUCCCCGUCGGGACGACACUGUCAACAGAGAACGUGGACAAGCUGAUAAAGAAAUGUCUGCUGGACACGUUCCGGCAGACGGAUGAAGACUUUCUGAGGAAAGCUUCCAGCCAGAAACCGGCGUGGAAGGACGGCUCCACGGCCACCUGCGUGCUGGUGGUGGACGACAUGGUGUACGUGGCCAAUCUGGGAGACAGCCGGGUACACGGGUGUUUACACACUUCCUGUCAGGGUUCACAGUUAGCACCGUCUACCGGGCCAAAUGCUGCUCAGAUAUAGGAGUGGCUGGAACAUUUGCUUCACCCACCGGCCCAAAAAAAACCAAACGGUCAAAUUAAAACAUUCGCUCGACAUUUUGGCGGGUGGACAAUAAGUACAUUUUGAACCCUGCUUGUUGGAGCCAUUACACCACUUUGUUUUGUUUACGUACCACGUUGGUUAUGCUAAUUAAUCAGCAGUUUUCUGUUUGAGCACUGGGUGGGGCAUUGCCUCUGGGAAGGCAAUCUAUGCAGUUAACAGCCAGGGAUACACCCGGGGGUGUUUGAGUUGUGUGCAAAAGACAAUGAAUGGUACUAAGCCAGAAGCCAAAGGAAAUGGAGUGUAUAGUUUGUGCUACGGUGAGCAGGCCGUCAGGAAGAUGAAUGGGUCGCAGCAGCGAAACGCAGACAGAUUGGGGACAUUUGGUUAUUGGCACGCAGAACAAGCAAGUUGUCCCCUGGUCCCAGCUCACUGGCCUAAUGUAGGAGACGCUAAAAUACUCUACGCUGCUUUUAGUUCUUCAGCAGACACUUUUCUAACCGAGUUUAUUUGACGGCCAUUGUCCCUAAAAGCGCUGUAGACAGACCUCAGCAGGACAUGACGGUGUGUGUGUGUGUGUCUGUGUGUGUCUGUGUGUGUCUGUGUGUGUGUGUGUGUGUGUGUCUGUGUGUGUG